UUGCCUCUGUCUAGGGGAGAACAGCUUGUUUCAAGUUUGUUUGCCAUUUCAGAGCCGAGUGGAGUCCCUUUAGAAGCGGGAGCUCCUUCUCCUUUACCAUUGGAAAACAGAAUUUUGUCUGAGAAAGUGCAGCGCUUAGUAGACGAAAUUACCGGCCUGACUUUGUUGGAAGUUUCUGAUUUGAACCGUGCCUUAAAAAAGAAGCUUAAUUUGCCUGACGUUCCCGUAAUGUCUCCUGCUUCUGGGGCGGCUGAAUCUCAAGACAAGGGAAGUGCAGAUGACCAUUCAACAAAGAAAACAUCAUUUUCUCUGAAGCUGACCAAGUUUGAGGACGCAAAGAAGAUUGCCUUGAUUAAAGAGAUUCGGGGUGCUAUUUCUGGUCUGAAUUUAGUCCAGGCUAAAAAGUUUGUUGAUUCUCUACCCGGUGUUGUAAAAGAAGAUUUGUCAAAACAGGAAGCGGAAGAAUUGAAGGCGAAGCUUGAAAAAGUUGGUGCUACAUGCGAAAUAGUCUGA